GUUAAACUACUUUAGGCAAGAGCCGAUAUUUUAUUACUUCGUCAUAGGAGUAUAUGAAAUGCUACGAAUACUCCCUGGUGGGUGUUUAUGAAACUACUCCAUGUUUUCUCGGUGCUAAACCCGCCUACACUUAGCCGUGACCCGUUGUAAAUAAGGCUCCGAAGAUUGGCUCGCCGGUAGCUUAGAAGGUCGCUUGCCCGCGGACCGCGGUUGUGUCACAAAUGCAAAAGUGCGGAUAUUGAACAGAGUGGACAGCUGGAGCACAAGAUUCCGCUGGUGGUCUAGAAUAUAGGAGUUCUAGCCUUGCCUGUAUAUGAGGCGCUACUCGUGUGAGAGUUGCCCGGUUACGAGAACUCGGAAAUAGCCACCAUAGUCUUUGUUUCUCUUCGCUUGCGCAUCAACAUCUUUAUCACCUUCUACGGUCGAACUAUUCAUUAUUCAUCAUACCAUUGUUAUCAAUCCCGAUGGGAAACUAUGUCUGCCACGAAACAGCAAGCGCAAACGUUUGACAUGGUCAGGCGACUCAAGGUCGCUGAUUAUUUGACUUUAUCAAACGCUCUCUGCGGAGGUUAGUUAGAAACCAGCUUUUUGUGCAGGGUGAUAUUGACAUCAAUAUCUCAAGUUAUGGCAAUCUUCGCUUCUAUGCAACAGCGUGUUGUCCUUGCCUACCUCCUCGUUUUCCUUGGAUAUGAAUUUGAUCGAUUUGAUGGCAUGGUUGCUAGAAUGCGGAAUGAGUGCUCCGAGCUUGGCAAGGAGCUAGACAGCUUCUCGGAUCUGGUGUCUUUUUGCGUUGCACCAGCUGUGACGCUCUACUGUAUGGGAUUCGACAGCCUCCUUGACCAAGCCGUGCUCGCUCUCUAUGUGCUUUGCGGCCUGGCUCGGCUUGCGCGAUUCAACGUCGCUGCACAGUCGGUUCCGCGGGACGAACAUGGAAAGCCUCUGUAUCAUGAAGGUCUCGCUACGCCAUACGCAGGCUUGCUUCUGAUGACGGCUAGCGCAGUAGCUUGCUGGUCAGAGCGCGCCGAAGAUAUCCUCAGCGGAACGCUUGUCUUUGCUGGCGAGUGGUAUGAAUUCCAUGGUAUACUCGCAAUUGUGGUCACCAUGAGCAUCAUGAUGGCUAGCAAGAGGCUUCAUAUCUAUUUCGAUGGUGGGUACAGUAUUCCAGCUGCGACUGCGCUAGUGCUGGCGGGCUGUUGGUUUGCUCCAAGGUUGUAAACUACAGCGUGGUCAUAGCCACUAAGUUAUAAUCAUACAGCCCUAAAGUAAUAAUUUCUAAAUUACAUAGCCAUAAUAGC